AUGAAGCAAGAAACCAAUACCGAUACAGAACUAAGAACUUUAUUACAUUCUUACACAUCUAAGAACAGUGCCGCCUCGAAUAUCCAGACAUUCAGCGCCGCUGAGUUGCUGCAGUCAGAGUCCAGUUUGCGCACCAUAUCUGAGCCCGUUCAGCGUGGGUUAAAGCGCAAGCGAAGCAGCGAUAGCGACAGCAGUAGCGGUAGCGCUAUGCAGACCCGCUUCCACACCGUUUUCGAGUCGGCAACUGACCCUAGUACGAACCGCCUCAAGGCUUGCGAAAGCCGAUUGACAGUCAAAAGCCCGCAAAGCGAUGAGAGUGCGGCUAAGGCUAAAGCAAAGCCAUCAAUCAUCUGCCCGUUGGUAACUGAAAGACUAGGUGAUCGCUUAUGUCCUGAUAUCGUUCUGGAGCAUGGUCAAUUUAAAGAUGCUGGCGUUCAAGGGAAGGCCCUUCGAAAUUCUGAACCGAUUCCCGAACUAUCCUUGUCUGUUUUUCUUCGAGAGCGGCAACAGAAUUCAAGAGAUAUCUUGUCAGUCAAAGGUCGCUGUAUCCUAGCUGCCGGACUUGCCGCGGCGCUCCUACCCUUCUUGGAGACCCCAUUCACACGCAACGCGAUUCACAGCUCGGUCGUCUGUUUCCACGCGCCGGCAGGCGACGAGCUACCUAAUCUCGCAUUACCGUUCCUCAAAGUUUCGAAAAGGGCCCUUACGUCAUCAGCAAAGGGCAAGAACGGCUGUCCAGCAAAUCAUAGACAGCCCUCUAUCCAAGAAUUUGGUGUCCUCCUCAUGGAAAUCUACUAUUGUCAGAUCGCCCCGCGUGAGGGUGAACGUGGGGAUAAGUACAACUGCAAAACCAGAUGGCAGGUUUGCGUGGACCGUCUGCCGUGUUUCAAGGCUUACGCUCCCCGAAAUUACUACCUAGCCGCCGAGGCCUGCCUCGAGUGGGAAGACGGUAUCAAUGACCGCGGUAGCUUUGAUGGAGCUGAGGCUCAGGAGUACUUCUAUCAAGCGGUAGUCAAGCGGCUUGAAUCGGUCAUCUACAAGAAAUGGAACCUGACGCUGUCGGAUUUGGUCAAGAUCGAUGCGUCGGAACAGAAGGAUUGUUGGGGUCCUGUCGCCCGACAGGCCUACACCCAUUUCAAGUCACAAACCAAGCACCAAAAGAUACAUCCAGAGAUGGGGCAGUAG